GGGCAAAAUUCAGUUGAAUUUUGGGCAUCGAUUUUGUUUUCUAUCCUCCCUUUUGAGGCCCCAGAGGACUGUGUUUUGAGACCCCGGCUGCUGACUGAGCUGUGAGCUGUGAGCUGUGGCAGGAAGUGAUCUGACGGGGAGGCGCAGGCUUUCCUCCAACAAGGAGACCACCCCUGGGGUGGAGUUUGCCUGCACUGGGUGGGGUCUACGCAGAGGGCUGUGGCUGGCUUUGUGCUGAUCUGCUGUGCAAGAAAUUGUUGCACUCCCCUCACUCCAUCUCUGCUUGUCUCCUCCUCGCUCCUACUUCCUCCUCAGUGACGUUCUGCAGUCCAUGUGGUCAGGAAUACCAGGCACGAGGCUAUUCCAGCUGAGGUCUGUUUACUUCUGAAGAAUGGGAGUGCUGGAGUUUGUGAAAUCGCAGUUCCUCUGUCAUCUCCUUAUCUGCUAUGUGUUCCUUGUCAGUGGCCUCAUCAUCAACUUCAUUCAGCUAUUAACCCUGUUAAUCUGGCCAUUCAACAAGCAGUUCUACAGGAGGCUGAACUGCAGGCUGGGAUACUGCAUAGCGAGCCAGAUGGUGGCCCUGCUUGAGUGGUGGUCGGGUACUGAGUGCAGGCUCUACACUGAUCUGGAAAGCUAUAAACUCUAUGGCAAAGAAAACGCCAUUGUCAUCCUUAAUCACAACUUUGAGAUUGACUUCCUCUGUGGUUGGACCUUUUGUGAAAGAUUUGGAGUCCUAGGGAGCUCCAAGGUCCUGGCUAAAAAAGAACUGUCUUAUGUACCUCUCAUUGGCUGGAUGUGGUACUUCCUUGAGAUUGUCUUCUGCAAGCGGAAGUGGGAUGAGGAUCGAACGAUGGUGGCGAAGAGCUUACAAAACCUCCGAGACUAUCCCGUGAACUACUGGUUUCUAUUACACUGCGAAGGGACACGUUUCACAGAGAAGAAGCAUCAGAUCAGCAUGCAGGUGGCAGAAGCUAAGGGGCUGCCCAAGCUCAAAUACCAUCUCCUGCCCAGAACAAAAGGCUUUUGUGUCACUGUGCAGAACCUGCGCAAUUCUGUUGCUGCUGUGUACGAUUCUACACUUAAUUUCAGAAACAAUGAAAACCCAACUCUACUGGGACUUCUCAAUGGGAAAAAGUAUCAUGCAGAUUUAUAUGUGAGGCGGAUUCCUUUAGAAAACAUUCCUGAGGAUGAGGUAGAGUGUUCUAACUGGCUCCACAAACUGUACCAGGAAAAGGAUGCUUUUCAGGAGGAGUACUAUAAAACUGGGCGUUUCCCAGGCCAGGCAGUCAGCCCGCCACGGCGUCCCUGGGCUCUCCUCAACUUUCUCUUCUGGGCAGCUCUCCUGCUGUACCCCCUCGGCCAUCUGUUGGUCAGCGUGAUCAGCACCGGCUCCUCCAUGACGCUCUUCAGCUUCAUCGCCCUCUGUGUGGCAGCAAACUGUCAGUCAGGUACUCCUUCUGUUGGAGUUCGGUGGAUGAUUGGAGUCACAGAGAUAGACAAGGGAUCCAGCUAUGGGAAUAAAGAUUUACAACGAAAAACCAACUGAAACAUUCAGAAGCCAUGUCAAACCAAAGGCGACACACAUAGCUUUGUAUUAUAACAGGAUAAAAUGCUGAUAUAUGCAAUGAACACUAUUAACACUGGUACUAUAAAAAUAUGGAAGACGCCUACAGGGCACACUACCUGCUGUACAGAAGAGUUCAUGAGCUUUCAAAAGUUAGGAAAAACUAGUGGUGCAGCUUAAUUCAUUAUCACAGACUGAAGGACAGCUUAAGUCACUUAUUGUAUAUGUGCCUUGAUAGCACAUGCAUUCAUUUUUAUGGAUACAUAUAGAUGCCUUACAAUUACACGUGAUGUAGCUACAAGUGUUCAGAUGCGGUGCUAAUAAGACCAUUAUGAAUUUUUAUUCCGGUUCACCAUGUACUGCCUAGACCCUUAUAAGCUGCUGUGGUUCAGAUUAUGAUAUCUGCCCUAAAAACAGAUUAAAACUUAACGGCCAAGAAUCUUUUUAUAAACAGGUUGCACUGAAAAACCCUUGUAAAAGUCCAGUUCCUUCCACAGCAAAGCACAAGUUAACUGUGUAACAGUAGCAAUUCUCAUUAGUGCCAGUACUUGUGAGCCAUUUCAUUAAAAUACCACGUCACAUUGCUUUUACAUCGGCUCUAAAUCCAUGGCAUUUAAUCCAAGGGUAAACUUUAAUUAUUUUAAUAGGACUAACCAUGGUGUACAAUAUGGUUUCUUGCCUAAAUAAUUUGUCUCUUGGUGUAGCUGUUUUUCCAUGUAAUUUGGAAAAAUCAAAUUGCUGGUAUUCUAUUGAUAGGAUAGCACAACAACAUUCAGGUUUAGAAUAUAAAGAUUGUUUUGCUUAUGUGCAAUUUUUGUUAGAUUAGUUACAGACUUACAUCAAUAAAAAUAACUUUUUGGACAUAAUGGCCAGUCUGUAAUGUAGCUAUCAAGAACAGUUAUUCAAGGUAUUAAUUACUUAAUUUCCAUAUAUCCAUAAGCUGAACUUCCCAUCCCAUCUGUGGAACUGACUUUCACAUCUGCACAUUUCCCAAAGCCUUUGUGCUAUGCCAGACAGGACAGGUGUAAGAGGAAACAACACUGGAGUUGCGUAGUUAGGGCAACCGCAUGCCCAAACUACAUGUCAUGCUACAGCUAAAUGGAAACAGAUGGCUGACCAACAGGAACAUGGUCAAAUCACAAUGUCAUUUUGGUUGCCUUGGCUGCUAAGGAAACUACAGUAGCAGAGGUUUUGUCAGUGUUUUUGUCAGUCAAUUGCAGGAAGCUUGUUUUCUUGUGUCAAACAGUGAUUACUAGUAUUACGAUAAUAGGACAUUUCAGUGUUUGAUUGGACAGAGAUUCCGUAUUAAAACAACUUUCAGUAUUUAAUGUGAAAGUGGAGUGAUUGACAGAGGCAGUUUUCAACUGCUUUUAAUAUUUAUAAUGGGUAUAAUGGAUCAAAUAUAGUCAAGGGAAUAGUAUAUUUUAAUUUUGCACUGCACUUUGAAAUUGUACUUUUAGAGAGGGGCCUAAUAAAAAUGAGACCAUGAACAAGAGAAAGUAAAACCAUUCUUGUAAAGCAGGGUUUCCAAGAGUCUGAUAUCAGGAUUUUAUUUUCAUUCCAGCUGAGCCCUUAAUAUCUUAACUGAAUAACUGUAUUUCUCGUGUGUGUGUUGUUAUGGAUAUCUGCAGGUGACCUUAAAUCUGUCCUAGUUUCAGAGCUGGACACAACUUUAAAGAGCGCAGUAGGGUUAAAGGUUUUACAACUGAGGAUGAAGUGAAAUACAGGAGUCACUAGGCAUGCAGGACCUGUUGUAAAGGCCUCCUAAAAAAAGCCAAACCCCGAGGGGCCCACCAAAAAAGACUAUUUGUCAGAAGUUGUUUUUAAGUCACAGUGACCUCCAAACCACCUCUUAAGGAGCUUGCCUGAUACCAGAAAUAUCAACGACCCUUCCGUAAUGAACAGAUUCCACUGCUGGAAAAUAACCUGAUCAAGAGGGAAUUAAGUGGUUCCAUUUUGUUCAUUGCAAAUUUGCUGACAUUGCAGCGCACUUCAGAAUUUGUUUUUAUCAGUACCUGCAUACUAGGGUAUUGCUGAAUCUAGCUCUGAUGUCUGACAAAUCAUAAAGCAGAAAUUAAUGCUUAUGCAGUAAAUGAGAACACAAAAUCAGGUGAAAUAGUUCGUUAUGCAAGCCCAUAACUUUGUCCUCUAUACACAAUUGUGCUUAGUUUGUACCAACAGAAAAGACUGUCUACUAUGAUCUGUGCUACUAGUCUCUUCAACUUAUAAGCUUUGCUAAUUGCUCUGCAAAUCAUUGGAAUGAAAUGCAAGUGACUGUUAAUAUUAAAAGUACAAACCAUAUAAAUAGAGCAUGAGAAGCUUUGAUGUUUAUUUCUGAGGCACACAAAUAUAUCAUAUGUAUAUAAUGCAGCAAAAACAUAAGCAUUGUGGAUUCUUAUUUGUUUUAAUAAAUUAUUAAUUUGUCAAGACUGGCGGCUCUGUUUAGUGUUAAUAUUUGGCAUAAGGCGUGUACCCUAAUGAGGAUUGGCAUAUAGAAGACUUGCCGUUAAGAUUGUGGAGAGAUCAACGCUCCCAAUGCUCCUCUUUAUUGAACUUCUUUUGAUCACAAAUGCGAUUUAUCUGUGCUUUUCAAAAAAUUUACAUGCAGUACCUGGACUUUAACACUCCUUUAGUGACUUUGUGCUACUCCUUUAAAGAAAAUUUCAAACUUAACAUGAAUAAAUAUUUUUUUUUUGUAAA